UCCAGGUGAUGUCUUUUAAACCAGGAGCUGAUCUGGAUUCUCUCCCCGACUUCCUUCCUGAUCAUUUCCCUGCUUCUUUCUGAUGGAUUUAGCUUUUUGUUUUUGUGUCUCUGCAGGUCUGGUUUAGGUUAAAUCUGUCUCCAGCUCCUAUUGGCUCCUGCUUCAUCCUCUCCUCUCCACACCCAGACACACAAUCUGAUUCCAGGCAUUUUUCUGAGGAUCAACCCACGGAUCGGAGCUGUUUGCUGGUUAAUUAAACCUUUUUACACCUCUAUCUCCUCCAACUGACAGGAAAGCAGCUUUUUCUGCAGCUAUUUUCAGUAAAUUCUCUCUUUUUUUGAGGAACAAAGCGCAGAUUUUUGCUGAUUUCUUUAAGUUAAACUUUUUUCAGCCUCUGUUGCUCAUUUUGGACUUUUGAAGCAUCACUUUUUAAUUCCUGCAGACAGAAAAUAAAGAAUCUAAAAACCACUGGAGGCAAACGUGAAGUGAAGUGAGGUUUUUUUUCUUUGUUUUUUUUCUUGGAGCGCGUAAAAGCGCACAGGGCUCUACAUCCAUCCUCCAUCCAUCCAUCAUCCAUCCAUCCAUGGCGCACAUGUGCAGGCAGGUGGCCGGCGGCGCUGCCAGCUGCGUGGGCUGGGUGGGUGUGAUCGUGGCCACCGCCACCAACGACUGGGUCCGAACCUGCGACUACACGGUGGCGACCUGCGUCCGGAUGGAUGAGCUGGGCUCCAGGGGCCUCUGGGCGGAGUGCGUCAUCUCCCCGGCCCUCUAUCACUGCGUGGCCCUGAACCAGAUCCUCUCUCUGCCCGCCUACAUCCAGACCUCCAGGGCCCUGAUGAUCCUCGCCUGCCUCCUCGGCCUCCCCUCCUUGCUGCUGGUUCUUCUCUCCAUGCGCUGCGUUCGGCUGCAGAACGACUCGAUGGAGGUGAAGAGACGUCGAGCUCGAGUCGGAGGAGUCCUGUACCUCAUCAUGGCUGUGUGCGGCAUCAUUUCCACCGUCUGGUUCCCCAUCGGCGCCCACCAGGCCGAGGGUCUGAUGUCCUUCGGCUUCUCGCUGUAUGCCGGCUGGGUCGGCUCGGCCCUCUGCCUGCUGGGCGGCUCGGUCAUCCUGUGCUGUCAGGGCCUCGAUCCGGGGACCCCGAGCCGGGACAACAGCUUCUACUACUCCAGACAGAGGGGCACGGCCACGCCGUUGGACCCGCCGGCCAACCACGCCAAGAGCGCCAGAGUGUGAAGGACCGAACCUCCAUCACCACGUUGGCCUUUAUGCUCAACUCACACAACUUUAAGAGCGAUUUGUAAUAAAGAAAUGUCUUAAAAUUGAAAAUCGGCCAAAAAACUACUUAAUUUUGUAUUUUAAAAUGCAACAAAUUACUGUUGGGGAGUUGAAACAGCACCUCGUACUCAAACUGUAGUUUCAUUUCCUGUGUAGUGGAGGGUGGGGUAAGAUGAGCAACUCGGGUUUCUAGAAAACUGGAACAAACUGGUUGCAUGAGCAACCAUGUUUGAAGACUAUUUGGUUUUAGUGCAUUAGUGAGCUACAUUGUGAGGCUAAAGUGUUAGCAUGAAGUUAGCUCUAAACUGGCAAAUGAUGGACUUUAGGUAGAAUGGUGGCCACCUAUGAUCAUUGGUAAAUAAUCACAUUACUGCAUUUCUGGAUCGUAUUUUACAUUUUACAACCAAAGUGAUUUUGAGACCAGAGGAAGACAGACAGGGCUUCAGCUUCUCUUCAGGGUUGAAGGAGAAGUAAAGAACGGGAAGAUGAAGAUCGACAGAACAACUUUAACCCAUGAUGAGCAGUGUGUGUCAGGAGAUACCCUUUUUCCUUUGGAUUUGGGUCAUUUUUGACCCAUGCUGCACAUCAAAGGGUUAAAGAGAUUCAUGGCAAAAAAAAACCAAUAAGUAACCAGAACAGGAUUGAAGAGAGUAGGAUCUGCCCACCAGGUCUUGGACGAAGAAAUGGAGGCAGAUGUUUUACGAUAUGAGGUAUAACUUUUUCAACUGAUGCCACAAUUUAUCCAGACAUAUUUUCCCCAAAGGCUCAAUUUACCCCUUACUGGGUUAAGUUGAACCAUUGGCUCCCACCUAUAAUUAUUGGUAAAUAACUACAUUACUGUAAAUCUACAGCUAAUGUUGAAUAACGGUCCAGUUUUGGUCAAAUUUGUCCAUUUUGAAGUGAUUUUGUUCCAAAAUGUGACAUCUGUAGGCCUUAGUGAAGGAAACCGUCCUUUAAAUUCGUACAUUUCAUCUUUAAAUGCAACUUUGAAAAGGUCCUUUGGUCUUGAAUUUGUCUUGCCUUGAUAUGUCGUCAACACAACUGAUGGCACAGUUUACCCCGAUGUGUUUUCUCCAAAGGCUCAAUUUACCCCAAGUUCAGCCAAGAAAACACUUUUUUUUCCUGUAAGCCGUAUUUUAAAAACUGUUCAUUUCAGAUCCAAACCAGUUGUUCCCACGGACGCCCCACAUUCUGAACUAUUUGUUUUAUUUGCCUCCAUUCUAACAAUAAAAGCUCAUCUUACCCCGCUCUCCCCGACAGUAUUUUACACUUUACGAACUCGAGACAUUUUGUUUUUUCGUUGGCUUUCUGCCUGGUUUACUGACUGUGAUUCAAGUUAAUCAUGUCCUGUCAGGAGGUUUAGACGAGAUCAGCUUCACAUUUCUUUGUCUUUACGUGAUUUUAUUACUGUUUAAGUCGAUAAGCUUCUGUCAUUUCAGUCACUUUACUCUUUACAUUUGUCAAGCAGAGAUUUACCUGCUUCUAUUUAAUCCCACACAGACAGGUUUAUCGUACGUAUGAAUAACUAUCAUUUUUACCAUUUUUUACUCUUCGUACUUACAGCAUGAUCAACAUAUAUCAGCCUGCAUCGUAAGAUUUGUGUCCAGCGCUACAAAUAAUAAACGUUUUUACCGAAAAAGAGUCCCAGGAUGAUGU